UUUGAGGUCAUCAUGACUAAUACAAGCCUGACAAUGUCAUCAGUGGAGCAGUUUAUUGUAAUUGGCUUACCAGGAUUUCAGGAUCAUGAAAGCAAACUUCUGUUUUCUGGUAUAUUCUUGAUUGCCUAUCUUUUAAUUUGCCUGGGGAACUUCAGCAUUCUUGCCACAUUUAUGCUGGAUGAAAACCUGCACAAGCCCAUGUAUAUGCUGAUUUGCACUCUGGCAGUGUUUGACAUUACUUUUUCAUCUAUCACAGUCCCAAGAGCACUGGCCAUUUUAAUGUUUGACGCCAGUGUAACUUCAUUUGCUGCUUGUUUUGCUCAACUCUUUCUUUACCAUUCUGUAGGUAGUUCACAGACUCUUCUCUUAAUGCUGAUGGCAUAUGACAGAUUUGUGGCUAUCUGUAACCCUCUUCUGUACCCCACCAUUAUGACCAACAGAUUCCUCCUAAAGCAGAUCGCUCUGUGUUGGCUUGGCGGGUUCACUACGCUCAUUAUUCCACUUGUUUUGGCUGUCAGGCUGCCCUUUUGUGGUCCUAAUAAAGUCAGGCAUCUCUAUUGCGACCACACCUCAGUGGUCAGACUGGCUUGUACUGACAUUUCAGUCAACAGCUAUGUAACUUUGACCAUCGGUCUGUCUGUUAUGUUCAUUUCCUUGGCAUAUAUUGUGUAUUCCUACAUACGGAUCAUCACAUCUGUGCUCAAAAUUGCCAGUUCUGAAGGACGCGCCAAGGCCUUCUCAACCUGUGGGACACACCUGGUGGUAAUUUUUAUAUUUAUUUUCACUGCUGCUGGUGUUUACAUUUCAUAUCGGAUCCCAGGAACUUCUGAAGAUAUGCGCAUAAUAGCAGCAGUGCUGCAGACUAUAAUUCCACCCUUACUGAACCCUGUUAUAUACUGCCUGAGGAAUAAAGAGAUUAGAGACAGCUUUGUUAAAAUUGUAAAAAGGUGUAAAAUAUCACCAUAGCCACAUUUCUACUAUGAUAUUUUGGAAUCUGAAAUAUGUGAAUAUGUUAAAUAUUAAUAUGCUUUAUAUAC